GCCUUACAGCUGAUUUCCCUGGAUGGAGUGUUUUGCUCCGGUCGUGUUUGUCAAUGUACGUGAGCCAUUUCUGGCUAGCAGCCUGGUAGAGUCACACAGGAGAAACACAGGCACGACCAACGCGACCCCCAGCUGGUUAUUAUGGCCCAGGCAGCACAGGUGAACGUGCUCGAGGUGAACAGCUCUCCCAUCCAGGUGGAACACGAUAAAAAACGACGGCAGUUUGUCAUCAGACUCAACGGAUCUCAUGACCGUGCAGUCCUGCUCUAUGAGUAUGUUGGCAAAAAGACAGUGGACUUGCAGCACACCGAAGUUCCAGACGCUUACAGAGGGAGAGGCAUUGCCAAGCACCUGGCUAAGGCAGCCAUGGAUUUUGUGGUGGAAGAGGAUCUGAAAGCCCACCUGACCUGCUGGUACAUUCAGAAAUACGUCAAAGAGAAUCCUCAGCCUCAGUACUUUGAGCACAUCUAUCAAUGACCCCUUCAAGACAUCAAAAGAAACGGGGUGGAGAGUGGAGGAAGAGACUCCCAGGAGAGAACUAUAGCCACAUGGUUUGGGUUAGAGGCCGAUUUUCAACAGAGGACCUUCCAGGCAUUGUUAAACGUGACAUUGUGUGAAUCCAGAGGGAACUGAUCUCACGGCAAGACUUCCGUGAUGCGAAUGCUCGGGUGACCUGUCAGUGAUAUCCAGAAACGAAGUGAAUCUUGAUACUGUAGUUGGAUGUUCACAACCUCUUAGAAAACAAGCAAACAAACCAACCAAAGCUGAAGUCUGUUACCUUAGCCAAAAAUUAUAACCACAUAUACCUAUCUUGGACUGGAAACAAGCGUUGAGCAUGUUGUGAUACCACAUGUGGGUCAAAUUUUCUGUUGCAAAUGUUUUUUGUUCUUUUUUUGUCAUCUUUGGCCUCACCGAUUGAGAGCAAUGGUCAAGAGUCUUUCUCUGUGAUGCUUUGGAUGAAACCAAUGAUGGCUUCCCUGACACUCAAAUGAAGAUUACGUUUCUUAUGUUUUUUUGCUUGAUUGUUUUCCCAUCUGAUAUCAUUUGGGUUAGUAUCGUUUUUAAAUUAGCUUCCGCACCUCUCCGAAAAAUGUGCUUUACAGGGCUGAAAUGCUGGCUUUAAGUAGCUUGCUGGUUGUGAAUGCUAAGCGGCAGCACUGGAACGUGAAUCCAGCCUCACCAACAGAACUGAAAAACAAACCUUUGUGGAGGCACUGCUAUUCAGAAUAUGUUAAUUUUGUUGGUGAUGGUAUCUUUCAGCAAUAGGCAUUUAGUGGGUGAUUAACAGAGGUAUUUUUUUUUUUCUGUUUUAUUAGUAUUAUUUUCUAUUACAUUUUUUUGAAGGCACCCACUCAUUUAUUUUCCCAAAUUGCCAAAUAUUGAGUAAUUUGGUUUCAGUGUCAUUCCAACAACUUUUAUUAUUCCCAAUAGCAUAAAUCUGUUCAUUUUUUUUUUUUUUUUAAAUCAUUAGAAUUGAUUAUUAAAAGUAGAGGGGUGUAGAAAGAGACUCGGAACCAAAGAUCACAAACUGAGGAUGUCUCACUCUGGAGGCAGAAACCUGACCAAGCCUGGAGGCAGACAUAAACAUUGCAUUGUUUUCACCGGUGUACUUGUUGCCUUCAGAAACAUCAAAGAACCACAAGAAGUGGUUGAGGUUUAAUGCUUUUCAGUGUGCAGCACUAUACCUCAGUGUGUGUGUGUGUGUGUGUGUGUGUGUGUGUGUGUGUGUGUGUGUGGAUCAGUAUCCCUGCUCUAACUAGCACCUGAGCUAAAAGCAUUGCCGUCGACAGGGCAUUAACAAUCCAUGGUGUCCACUCUCUUUUUUUCAUCCAGUACUACGACAGUGGUUGAGUAGAGCUUUCAGAUUCUUGUAUUUGUUUGAUUGUCUUCGCUUGUUUUUUUUCUUUUCUUUUAUCACAGCUUUUUUUUUUUUUAGUCUGACAAUAUCAAACUGGUAAAGAACAUCAUAAAGAGAAAAAAUAUGUAAAAGAUCAUUUUUAAACUUGAAAUAUGGUUUAACAUGGCUUGACUAUGUUUGCCCUUGACAAUCUCCUUGUUGAGAGGAAUAACGCCUCAGGUUCCUCAGCACACCUUACACGGUGGACUUUACGCGCAAGGUAGUCCAUCUGUUUUCAGAAUCAGUUAAAGAGACAGUUCACCCAAAUCACACCAAAGUAUUUUUCCACUUACCCCAAGGAUAGUCCUUAUCAGAUUGAGAUUGGAAAUCAGUUUUUCAAUGGAGUCCUGGCCAAGAUGAGUAUCUGUUCAUUCAGAUAAUUUCUAUGUGAUUUGGUGAAGUUUCCACUGUUCUGUGAUCUUCCCCAUCUCACCUCAGUACAGUGGAGCUGAAUGUGACCGUGUUGGUGGAGCCUAAACUGUCAAAAAUGUACAUGUGAAAAAGACAAUAGCUCUUUGAAAAACAGUGACACAUGUAACCACUAUAAUCCAUAGCAGGGGGGGGGGUUUCAGGAACUAUUUCCUGUGGAAGAACACUAGCAGCUAUGAUCUGUUCGCACCUGUCUAUGAAGGCUUAUGAAUUUGUCCGCCUCUUUCAGGGAGGGCAGAGACAGUUGGCUGGCGUUCUCUGACAGGAAAUUGCAGCAGACUGGUUACCUUGCCAAAUCACACACAGACUAUAUGGAGUAAUAGAUUAUACUAGGGGUAAACGGGAGAUUGAUCCCCCCCCCAUAUUUGGGUGUACUGUUCCUUUAAGUUGUGGUCACAUUAAACAGUCUCACAAAACCACUUUAUGUUCAUGAAUCACUCUUGUGGAUGUAAAAUUUAAAAUUUCUUUUAGUUGGCACACACCAAUCGCAUGGGCCAAGACAUUCACUAAGGCAUUAUUCCUGUGUGUGUGUGUGUGUGUGUGUCUGUGUGUGUAUGUGUGUGUGUGUCUGUGUGUGUAUGUGUCUGUCUGAGUGUGUGUGUGUGUGUGUGUGUGUGUGUGUCUGUAUGUGUGCUUUGUCGAAAGAAAAUAGAAAUGCUUGAUUUAACACGUGUAGAGUUUAGACCAGAUGGCUUCACUAAAUGCAUCAAAGUGUACCAGUCCCUGUUACAUUAUUGUGUAAGUGAAAUAUUUUUGUUUUUCUUCAUUUUUGUUGUCUUUCUAAAUAAAUAACUCACUCAAAUACUUAUGAAA